AUGGAAAAGUCUAAAAAUUUCCGGAUUGAUGCUCUCUUGGCCAUCGAUACCCCUAAGGUUCAGACAUCUCCGCUGGCCCUUGUCACCUCUCUGUCCUCUUCCUCGCUGUCCACAUCUGGGAGCCCCCCAUCUGAGCACACAGACAACCUGAGGACUGACAGCCCAUCCCCACCGAGGACAUGUGGGCUGGUGCCCAAACCGGGCUUCCUAAGUAGUCACCAGCACCCUGCAGGGAUGAUGGGCUUGCACCAUCAGGGGGGAGCAGGGAUCCCCCCUCAGGCCCUCUAUGGACACCCAAUGUACAGCUACUCUGCAGCAGCAGCCCUGGCAGCUGGGCAGCACCCAGCGCUCUCAUACCCCUACUCCCAGAUGCAGGGGUCCCACCAUACCCACCCUGUGGACCAUCUCAAGAUCAGUGCUGGGACCUUCCAACUGGACCAAUGGCUAAGAGCUUCCACUGCUGGCAUGAUGCUCCCUAAAAUGGCAGACUUUAACUCCCAGGCUCAAUCUAAUCUAUUGGGGAAAUGCAGAAGACCAAGAACAGCUUUCACCAGUCAACAACUCCUGGAGUUAGAGCAUCAGUUCAAAUUGAAUAAAUAUCUUUCCAGACCAAAACGCUUCGAAGUGGCCACAUCUCUCAUGCUCACUGAGACCCAGGUAAAGAUCUGGUUCCAAAAUAGACGCAUGAAGUGGAAAAGAAGCAAAAAAGCUAAAGAGCAGGCGGUGCAGGACGCUGAAAAGCAGCAAAGAGGAAGCAAAGGAAGCUGUGAGGACCAGAGCACAGAGGACAAACAGGAGGAGAAAGCCUCAUAUCAUGUGCACUCUAGGGGGGAACCACUGAAAGCCUCUAACCGCCUGCCCAGGGACUACACAGACAGUGAGGAUGAGGGGGACCGAGAGGAGGAGGAAGAUGACCCAGAGAGGGAGGGCAAGCACUUUUACCAGCACUCUUCUGACUGCACAUCUGAAGAGGAGGAGGGCAGUCACAAGCAGAAUCAGCUGCACUGA